AAAAAAAAAGACAUGUCCAUUCAACGCCCAACUGUUUCAGUCUUCAAUGCUAAGACUGGUGAAGUCACCAAGGAAGUCGCUCUCCCAGACGUUUUCCAAGCUCCAAUCAGACCAGACAUUGUUUCCAACAUUGCUAACAUCUUGAGAAUGAACUUGAGACAACCAUACGGAGUCCACAAGUAUGCUGGUCACCAACACUCUGCUAUCUCAUGGGGUACUGGUCGUGCUGUUUCCAGAAUUCCUAGAGUUUCUGGUGGUGGUACUCACAGAGCCGGACAAGGUGCUUUCGGUAACAUGUGUAGAAAGGGUAGAAUGUUCUCCCCAACUAGAACUUGGAGAGUCUGGAUGCACGUUGUUAAGAAGAACGAAAGAAGAUAUGCUACUGCUUCCGCUAUUGCUGCUUCCUCUAUCACUCCUUUGGUUCAAGCUAGAGGUCACAAGGUUGAACAAGUUAAACAACUCCCACUCGUUGUUUCUGAUGAUUUGCAAUUCGUCCAAAAGACUAAGGAAGUUGUUGCUUUCUUGAAGAAGCACGGUUUGUUGUCUGAUGCUAAGAAGGCUAAGGACUCCAAGACUUUGAGAAAGGGUAGAGGUAAGAUGAGAAAUAGAAGAUAUACAUUGAAGAAGGGUCCAUUGGUUGUCUACAAUGCUAAGCCAGGUACUCAAACUCCACCAAUCGUUUUGGCUGUCAGAAACCUCCCAGGUGUUGAUGUCUUGAAUGUUCAUCAAUUGAACUUGUUGAAGUUGGCCCCUGGUGGUCACCCAGGUAGAUUGAUUGUCUGGACUGAAUCCGCUUUCACUGCUUUGAACGAAAAGUUCGGUUCCAUCAAUAACGAAAAGGGAGCUGCUACUACCCACUUCAGAUCUGGUGCUACUUAUCAUUUGCCAAGACCAGUCGCUGUCAACACUGAUUCCUCAAGAAUCAUUGAAUCAGAUGCUGUUCAAGCUGCUUUGAAGCCAAAGAAGGUUGUUCAAAGAUAUGCUAUCAAGAAGCAAAGCAGAAGCAACCCAUUGUCCAACUUCAAGUUCUUGGUUAGACUCAACCCAUACGCUUUGAAGGCCAGAAGACUCCAACUCUUGAGAGAAAGACGUGCUGCUCAAAAGAAAUAAAUUAACUUGACAAUUUUGUAACUUAUUUUAAAA